AGCUGCACGCACGGCCGAACUCCCGAGGCGUUUUCUUGGACGGAAUUGGAUAGGAGGGGGGGAGGGGAGGGUUUUGGUUUGACGGAGUAGACCAAGGGCCGGGCCGGCGAUGGGGAAGGGCGGCGGCUGCGUCCCCAGCAAGAAGCGGCAGCCGCCGGCCAGCACCGUCGCCGGCGCGCCCUCGUCGUCGUCCGCGCCCGGGGCAGCGCCGCGGGACGCCCCCGAGGUGGAGGCGGCGGCGGCGGCGGGUGGGCGGAAGCUGCGGCUGUACAUCGUGUUCUACUCCAUGUACGGGCACGUGGAGGCGCUGGCGCGGCAGGCGGCGGCGGGCGCGGGGGCGGUGGAGGGGGUGGAGGCGGUCCUGCGGCGCGUGCCGGAGACGCUCCCGCCGGACGUGCUGGAGAAGAUGCAGGCGCCGGCCAAGGACCCCGCCGUUCCGGUCAUCGCGGCGGCGGCGGACCUGGAGGAGGCCGACGGCGUGCUGUUCGGGUUCCCGACGAGGUACGGCGCCAUGGCCGCGCAGAUGAAGGCGUUCUUCGACUCCACCGGCUCCCUCUGGGAGGAGCAGAAGCUCGCCGGCAAGCCCGCCGGGUUCUUCGUCAGCACCGGCACACAGGGAGGCGGCCAGGAGACCACCGCUUGGACGGCAAUCACCCAGAUAGUGCACCAUGGAAUGCUCUUUGUCCCGAUCGGCUACACCUUCGGGUCAGGCAUGUUCAAGAUGGACGAGAUCAGAGGAGGCAGCCCCUAUGGUGCUGGCGUCUUCGCCGGCGAUGGCAGCAGACAGCCCAGCGAGACGGAGCUGGCGCUCGCCGAGCACCAGGGCAAGUACAUGGCCUCCAUAGUGAAGAAGCUCGCCCAGGACUGAGCUAGAAGAAAGCCCACUGUGCAGUCCCCGACUCCACCCGGUCGAUCAGUCACCAUUGAUGAUUUUUACCCUAUUGGUUUUUCUUUCUAUAUAUGUAUGUGCACAGCCUGCUCUGCUCCUCGGAUCGUCGACCGUUUGCGCAUUUGUUCGUCACAGAUUUAUCUGUAAAUUGUUGGCAUAAAACAUUGUUUGUUGUCCAGUUGAACAAUAAGUUGGCCACAGGGUGUUUAUCUGAAUAACAUCACCUGUCAUAGAUUUGUUGUGCA